AUGGGCAAGGACAAGGUCGAGAAGGACAAGAAGCGCGCUGAGAAGAAGGAGAAGCGUGCGGAGAAGGACGGUAUUCACAAGUCCAAGAAGGACAAGAAGGAAAAGAAGGACAAGACCGCUCUCGCUGAUGCGGUAGAGAAGGAGAUCACCUCCCAGGUCCUGGAGGGCUUGGACCAGGCUGCUGCUGCUGGUGUCGCCGAAGUUGAGGUCGAUGCCAUGGCUGUUGACCGCCCCGUCGGCGCUGUCGUGCCCUUCGCCAACCCGUUGGUUGAGGACAAGCAGGCCAAGAAGGUGUUCAAGAGCGUCAAGAAGGCUGCCGUCAACAAGUCUCUGAAGCGCGGUGUCAAGGAAGUCGUCAAGGCCCUCCGCAAGUCGCCUGUCCCCGCCGCCAACGCCAAGAUCGACAUCCCCUCCGGCGUUGUCAUUCUCGCUGCCGACAUCUCCCCCAUGGACGUUAUUUCUCACAUCCCCGUUCUGUGCGAGGACCACGGCAUUCCCUACGUCUUCGUGACCUCCCGCGCUGAGCUCGGUGCCUCUGCUGCCACCAAGCGCCCCACCAGUGUUGUCAUGGUCACCCCCAAGUCUGGCAAGAACAAGAAGCUCGACGAGGACGCCGAUGGCGAGGACUUCAGCAAGGUUUUCGAGGAGUUGGCCAAGCUCGCUGAGAAGGAGGGAAAGAGCGUCAACCUCUAA